AUGUUCAAGGAGUUCGACGUGGACAACAACGGCUCCAUAGACUUCCAGGAGUUUCAGGCAAUCAUGGACAGCAUCUUCCUGGACCGGCAGGGCAUCCGCGCUCACGAUGGCUGGAGGAAAAAAGUCCUGGUCAGCCUCGAGUCUCGGCUCCGACCUCCUCCUCCCAUGCGCCCCGUCGGGCUGUCGGGCGGACGCCUCGUCAUGUCAAGCAUCUCGACCAACGUCAAGGCGGAGCAAGAGUGCUCGACCGCGGACAUUCUGAACCAGAGGACCGGCAGGGAACUCUUUGCCAGCAGGAUCGUGUCCCCUGACGAGCAGGUCAGCAAGGCCGUCCUCUCCCUCCGUUGCUCCAACCUCCCCGACUUCCGGUCAAGGCAGUUCGGGAAGCAGGAGAAGCCGGCCUUCCCCUGCCGGCCGCUCGCCGUGCUCAACGUGCAGGACCCGAGGACAAUGACGUGGUUCAAGGCAGGACACUCGUCGUGGCUGGACGCGAAGCCCACAAGGAUGGAGUUCGAGCUUGACUUCGACUACUUCAACAGCAUUGACAACUACGAGAUCUGCAUGUACGACCUGGAGGACGGGACAGGUGGCUGA